CUUUGUACGUUCAAUCGUCUCAGCUCUCUCUCAUAUUGAAGCUUUGGUCUUGUAAUUUCAGCUUCGGUUUCAGAAUUCUGAUAUUUGUUUCCUUCCUUGUUCAGAUUCCCGGCCGUUAACCCUUUCGUUCCGUCGCAAAUCUGAAAUCCAGAAGUUUCGCAAUCAGGUUUUCUGCUGCUCCGCAAUCUGCAGCUCCGCAUUCGCCCGUUUUGUUCGAUUCUUCUAUUCCACAAUCCUCCAAUUUUAAGGUAAUACUGUGAUUUCGUUUUUCACAACAUUGAUUUCUGAUAACUGUUACGGUUUAUGAGAUUCAGAUUAGCCUUAAGCUCCAAUUUUCAGAUAGAUGCAGUUAUGUCGUCAGAGAAGGAAGCCUUAAGCUCCAAAGAGAAACGCAGGCUAUCAUGCACUGCUCACUUUGAUGCCCUCUGGUUCUGCUACUUUUGUGUGUUUAAUGUGUGCAGCCCCAGUUCAAUUCAUCAAAUGCAGCAGUAUUACAGACUUGGUGUUCUUGAUAACUGCUCUGGUAAAUGGAAAGCAAUGGUUGACUGCUUAAUGCUCAAGACCAAACCCACUUCUCAACUCCAGGAAAUCCUCGAAGCUCAAGAGAAAUCAAACCCACACAUAUGGAAUUUCAGAACACGAUAUGAAGCUUCAAAAUACUGGCAAGAACGAUAUGGUCAUUUAGACAGACCUGAAUGAGGAAAAUCCUUGGUUCCUUUAUCUUCAUUCACUGUGUUGACCGCUUAAAUAUUGACCAUAGGUUGUUAAGGUGAAGAUAUAUAUAUAUAUAUAUAUAUAUAUAUAUAUAUAUAUAUAAAGUUUUUUAAAAUUCAGAUAAAAUUA